GCCGCGCUGUGCGGAGGUUCUACGCUGACUGGCGCGCGUGUAGACACAAGAGAGCUCCCGUCUCAUUCCGCUCCGUUCUGCUCCGAAGAGGCGGCGGACGAGACACUGGAGCUUCUUCUCUCCGAAUAAAUCUACUGACAGGCGCGCGCGCCACGACCGUGUCCGUAGUCACCGAUGGCUUCCUCCUGGCCUUUUCGUGCAGUUCCGGAGCAUCUCCACACCGUCGUUGUCAGUGUCGAUUGUCUCAUAGAAGUCGGCGUUUGCCGAACGACCUUUAUCGUCGCGGCCAACAACCGGUAAUUUCCGAGCCAAGAGAGAGAUUACUGAAGAAACACAAAAUAGAAAAAAUAGCGUUUUCAAGUAAAAAAAAAAAAAAACGGCACUUAACUGUACAACUAUACUUAUAAAUAUGGAUACUGGACCGACACAGGGUAAGAAGCAAAUCCGGGUUGGAUUUUAUGACAUUGAGGGAACCAUCGGCAAAGGCAAUUUCGCCGUUGUAAAAUUGGCUAGACAUCGAAUUACAAAAACAGAGGUGGCUAUUAAAAUAAUCGACAAAACUCAAUUGGACCCUACUAAUCUGGAAAAAGUUUAUAGAGAAGUCGAGAUAAUGAAGCAGUUGGAGCAUCCGCAUAUCGUUAAGUUAUAUCAAGUCAUGGAAACGAAAAAUAUGAUAUACAUGGUAUGCGAGUACGCGAGCAAAGGCGAGAUAUUCGACUACAUAGCGCGGUAUGGAAGAAUGGGAGAGCCCAGAGCACGCGCGACAUUCGCGCAGAUACUUUCCGCGGUCGAGUAUUGUCAUGUGACGGGUGUAGCGCAUCGCGAUCUGAAGGCAGAGAAUUUGCUCCUCGAUGCUCAGAUGAACGUGAAAAUUGCCGAUUUCGGUUUCAGCAAUCGAUUCGCACCGGGUGAACGAUUGAGCACGUGGUGUGGCAGUCCUCCUUACGCCGCUCCCGAGGUUUUUCGAGGAAAGCACUACGCCGGACCUGAGAUUGAUGUGUGGAGUUUGGGUGUUGUGUUAUAUGUGUUAGUAUGUGGUGCACUGCCCUUUGAUGGAUCAACUCUUCAGUCAUUAAGAGAUCGCGUGCUAAGCGGCAGAUUUAGAAUUCCUUAUUUUAUGAGUACAGAUUGCGAGAGCCUAAUACGCAAGAUGUUAGUACUGGAGCCUUCCAAACGAUACACCAUUCCACAAAUCAAGAGACACCGUUGGAUGGCGGGAACAGCAGACAGCAUUUGUUCGGUAAUCGUCACACGGCCAUCGUCAUCUAUUCAAGAACCAAAUGAACAAAUACUUCGACUGAUGCACAGUUUAGGAAUAGACAUUAGCCGUACUAGAGAGUCCUUACGAAACAGCAGCUAUGACCAUCAUGCUGCUAUUUAUUUCUUACUGCUGGAAAGAUUGAAACAACAUCGUGUAAGCAGCACCAUUAAUAAUACUUGCUGGUCCACUGUUGCGAGAACAAAAGAAGAUAAAUUUAAAUCAAGAGGAAGAGAAGAUACCGGCAGAGGAAAUAAGAGAUUUAGCUCGACCAGUUCUUCAACUGAUGAAGGUUGUUGCAGCGCAGAAGGCGAUUUAGAAGAGGGUCCGAGCGGCGAUGAACUCCGCGAAGCACAGAUCAAACUCGAAGAGCACAGAUUAGGCCUAGAUCACGAUAUCAGUCAACGAAUUGACAGUCAGAUAGUCAAUCGAAGAUUAAGCGAUUACCAACAUCAUUUUGAUAAUCCGCUUAUGGAUCCUAUUGAUCCACCCAGUCGAACAACUUUAUUCAUGGCGGCCGGUAGCGGUAGCUCAUCAUCAGAACUCUUCGAGUCUAGUUUUGAUUCUGGUUGUCCGCCAGACUACACAGGAACGAAUUGUUUCACGAGCAGCCUGCCCUCUUGCACACCACCGCCGCCCAAGAGUCCAUCCCCUAUAACUGGAAGAAUAUCCCGAGUCUCUCAAGGAAGAAGAGCGUCUGACGGUGGACCUAGAUUACUAUUCUGCCAGCAAGGUGGUGUCGGCGACAGACCGUCUAAGCAAAGGAGUAUUCAAGAUUCCGGAAAAGCUCGAGGUCACUUAGAUCUAGUCCAUCUUAGACCACCGUCCACACCGCCUGAUAAUCAGCAAUUUAAAAUGCGCGGAGACUCGGGCACGCAGCUACAACUUCUAGUACAGCAACGUAUGUUACAGCAAAAACGUAAUUUGUAUCACCGGCACAGAGGGGGCGGCAGUCCGACUUCGAUUCCAGUCUCGACUAGCGGCAGCACAAGCAGACGUUCCGAUCACGUACCUAGACAAGAUAGCUACAAAUUGGCACAACGAACGCAAAUCUUGCCACCUCUCUCUCAGGGACAUGUCGACAGGGACUUCGACAGAGAUAGAAAGAGAGACGAGGAGAGGUGGAAGAGUCUACCAUCAAGACUGGCUGCGGAUUGCCAGUUGGCGGAGAGAUCGCUAAUAUGGAGCCAGCAGGUUGGCCUUAGUGGAGGUGCAUCUUAUUUGCCACCGGGCAGUGUAGGUGGUUUCUUGUGGCCCACUACCAGCAAUCCGCACUCGACUAUCUUCGAAAACGUAGGAGAUCCGAUGGAAUAAACUGCCCUAUCGUUGUUAGUUAGUUCUCUCGAGAUCUUGCGUAUGAAAAGCCAGUUAGACUGUUAAUAUCAAACUCUCAAGCAGUAUUCUCUCCUUAAGUCUUUCCACGUUGACUUUUUAGUAACAUAGUUGCAUAUCAUUUUGCGUUGCAUAUAGAAAAAUAUGUUAAGGGAUAUUAAUAUAUAAAGAAUUUUAUAACAUUUAUAUUCGUGAUAUAUGUGUGUAUAGCGAUAUAUACACUUCUUUACAUACUCAAGAUCUCUGGUUAGAUGUAUGGUACACACACAUGUUACUGAAUGUUAAAGAUUUAUAUAUAUUAUAUUUUUUAAGUGGUCUGAAAUAUCGGUCUAAAAAUGUUACCAAAGAAAGAAUAUUACUUUCUUUUGUAUUUUUAUUUGCUCUAAAAUAUUGUCAGAAAAAUUUAUUUAUACAUAUGUACACAUAUAAAACUUUAUACAAAUGUCAUUUUACAAAGUUCUAUCAUUGUAUCGUAAUGUAUAUUUCUCUCUCUUCAUGAGCGAUGCGCGUGACUUGACACAAUUUUCGUGCAGAGAAAUCUUUGUCAUACAGCAACAUGUGUAACUGCCUUAUUAAAAUGACUGAUUCUUUACCAGUCAAAUAUCCAAUUAUAUCAUAGACUGAUAAUUAACAAGAUGAAACACCAAAUUUAUUUGAAGAACAAGUGGCAUAAGACUUGCUUCAAUAACACAUUCGCUAUUAGAGGAUAAACAAAAGAGUUGCGGGAGUUUUAAAUGUUACAUGAAAAUUUAAAAAUUAACAAGUUCGCGGAGUAGAAAUCUUAAACUUGUUCAUUUUUAUGCUCAUAUGUAUAAAACGAAUAACAAGAUAUACACCGAAUUUACGCGAUAUAAGUCUUUAAAGAAAAUACACUUUACUGCCAAUGAGUGAGAAAUAUGAAUGCUCAAGUUGUUAACGAGAUAUUAUAAAUAUGUUAUAGAGUAAGGCAAUAAAAAAUGAAAUAAGGAAUAACAAAUAUAGAGAAUAUGACUGAAGUAAAAAUAAAAUUCUUCACAUAGCGAACUACAAGUACUAUGCCACUUAUGCUUUUUGUGAUGAUUUAAUCAAAGAGUGGAAACAUGAUGCAAACUGCAAGAUUUUUGUUACAUUCUUUUAAUAAACUUUCUAGUGUACAAAAUUAGAGAAAUGUUUCCCUCUUUCAUUCUUCAAAAUUAUGGUGUAUGACUAUAGAAAAUAGAAAAUAAUAAUAACGAAAAACAAUAACAUUAGCGAUAAAUAGUAAUGUGUAAGAAGUGCUGCAUUCUGUAAAGAUAUUUAAAUAAAUUAUUUAUGUGGAUCAAUUUUUACCUAUAUAGAAAUAAGUUGACUACACAUUUUAUAUGUUAUCUCUUUAGAAACAUUUAUAAAUCACCACAUUAACAGUUGCACUACUUUUAUACAAGUAUAUCUUUAUGAGCAUUCACAUAUUAAUAUUCUAAAUAUGAUUUCUUCUACAAAUAGCAUAUUUUCUAUUUAAACAGCUCUGUUUUAUGAGCUUCUCUUACAUGAUUAUAAUUGUUAAAAGACAUUGAAAUGGAAACAAUAAUUAUUACAAGACUAUUUGUAUGUUUGAUAUGAAUACAGCACUUUAUAAAAAACAGUAUAUACAUAUAUAUACAUUCAUAUAUUAUAAAAAUCUAGUAACAUAGAAUAGCAAGCAAUACCGGCCGCGCACAACUGACAACGACUUUACUAUUUCAAUUGUUCGCCGUUUCUUAUCUUAUUAAAAAACAAUCAAACUUC